AUGACGAUCAACAGCGAAGAAGUCAGAGAGACGACCCACGUCCCUGUCUCUGCUCUAACUGAACCGUCCUACGGAAUUCAAAACGGCGUCAGUGAGCCCGUGUUGAAGACUCAGGUACCGAAGUGGAGGGUGCCGCCGUCGGGAUGGCGCGCACUGAUUCACCCCCUUGCCGACGAGGUGGCGCGUGAGGUCGACGGCUACUUUCUCGAGCACUGGCCCUUCCCCAACGAAAAGUCGAGGAAGACAUUCCUCAAUGCCGGGUUCUCGCGUGUUACCUCGUUGUACUUCCCCCUGUCCAAGGACGACCGCCUUCACUUUGCGUGCCGCCUUUUGACGGUUCUGUUCCUCAUUGACGAUUUGCUGGAGCACAUGUCGUUUGCGGAUGGAGAAGCCUACAACGAGAGACUAAUCCCCAUUGCCCGGGGAGACGCCCUGCCCGACAGGUCGAUUCCUGUCGAGUACAUCUUCUAUGAUCUGUGGGAAAGCAUGCGCGCCUGUGACAGAAAGCUUGCCGAUGAGGUUUUGGAGUCCACAUUCACCUUCAUGAGGUCCCAGACCGAUCGAGUUCGCACCUCGAUCAAGAGUCUUGGGGAAUAUCUCGAGUACCGUGAGCGCGACGUCGGCAAAGCCCUCCUUUCGGCCCUGAUGCGCUUCACCUUGGGCCUCCAGUUGUCCAAGGAGGAGCUCUCCAGCAUGCGCCUGUUGGAACAGAACUGCUCCAAGCAGAUCUCCGUUGUUAACGAUAUCUACAGCUGGGAGAAGGAGCUCCAGGCGUCCAAGGUGCUGCAUGAGGAGGGUGCCGUCAUUUGCUCAGCUGUCAAGGUCGUGGCCGACGAGACAAACCUGAGCUUUCAUGCCACCAAGCGUGUACUGUGGUCCAUGAUCCGCGAGUGGGAGAAGGUGCAUGACGCCAUGCGCGACAAGCUCGUGGCAACUUCUUCCCCGGCUGUAUCGCAAGACAUGCGCAGGUACGUGAAGGGACUGGAGCACCAAAUGAGCGGAAAUGAGCACUGGAGCCGGACGACGAAGAGAUACACGGAGCCGAACUAA